AGAUUUAAGUCAUUUAAAGUACUCCUUUAACGAUUCCGGUUUUUGAGAAAGACGGGACACAUUGGUGCUCUACUUUGUCAUACACUAUGGCACGGAUCGUCACUGAAGAUAUUGAAGCAGUUAUACGACAUUACCAUAGAAUCGGAUAUACACACACAAUAAUUUGUCAUCUUUUAAACCAGCGACAUGCUGUUCCUAUGAAAUAUGAAUAUCUGAAAAGAAAGGUGUUACCAAGGUUAGGACUUAACAAUAGAAGAGGAGUUUCAAAGUUGACAGAUUUUGAUAUUGUGUUAUCUACUAUUGAGAGGGAAAUGGGUUUGAAAGAGGAUAUCAGCAUUGCAGACAUGCAUCAUCGUUUGAAAGUCAAUUAUGGCUUUGUUGUCAGACGGUAA